UGACGGCUGACCAUUCCUCAUGACCCCACUGAACUCAGCCCCUCCCCACCCUGCGACCCACUCACUGGGGACUCACGACUCAGCAAGGUGGGGGGUGACUGGGGUCUCCGCGGGAGAUCAGUGGGAGGAGGAGGAAGCGGGAGCACAGUCGUAAUUACUCUGUGAGCGGGAGAAGAGAGGUGAAGACGCACUGGUAUUGUGUCAUAUGAUGUUAUAUAACGCGAAGCAGUGCUGGAGUGACUGUAGAGAUUGUAACUGAAUACAUGUUUUCUUUUAUUCUGAUGCAUUUGGAGACCCAACAUUUAACCCCAGCGUCUCGAUUUAUAAUUAUGUAAGUUAGAACGUCAAUAUUUGUCACAAAAAACAUACACGGCAUUAGAAAUAUUAAUUUAUUUACCUUGAGUAGUGUAUACAAUAAAAUUUGCCUAUGGUACUAUAAACAUAUCCCUAAAACCUGUUAUAUCCGGAUACGAAAGAAACCACCACCACCACUUCGGCUAAUCACUUGAAAUUUAACUAACAGCUUCAAGCACGAGUCAGAUAGCCCGUUGCAAUCACCUGCUGUAUGAAAACGACAAGAAGUUUCUACAUCUUUAUAACUGACGAUAACUUUGAAUUUGAGGUCGAAUCUGUCAGCGCGCCGGAAGGGCAUCACUCGGCCCAGGUGCCUGUGUGGAGGCGCUGCGUACAUCACGGCUUGCUCCGCCUUCUGGCUGUCCCCGACUAACCAAGGCGCUGAGUGUUGCUAGGAUGCAAGAAAAACGUUUCCUAAAGCUUCCCGAGUGACUGAAGAACGACAUGCCCAGGAGAGUGUCUCUGUACAACGGUGAUAACAAUGCACUAGAGGAGGUGGUGGUAGCGGCGAGGGGGAAGGAGGGGUCCGGGGGAGGGCGUGUUGGGAGGGGUCUGUCUCCCAUGACGACUUCGGAAUCGAAUGAAAAUAAGUUGGCAAUGGCGGUGGAACUCGACCACAUGUACAUAGGAUGCUCUGACACGAAGGCGUCCCUUGAAAAGGACAUAGAAGUGCAGCACCUCAAGAACAUCAUCCUGCUGCACCUGGACCUGAUUCAGCAGCAGGCAGACCAGCUCUUGGCCAAGGAGAAGCAAAUCAAGAACCUACGCGAUGAAAAUGACAACCUACGGGCAAAAUUGGAGCGACUUGACCGGCGUGUGUCCCUCAGCCUGCAGAAGAAGGCCACCGAGGCAUACACCAACACAGAGAGUCAGGUGGACUUGGUGGUGUCCCCCAAGCGCAACAGUGAAGUGGAGGCUCCUGCUUUUGAUGAAGAUAAUACUUUGGUCGCCACCACACCUGGCUCACCCCAUGGCCGCACUCCCCCAACACCCACUCCAAACAAAGUUCUCUCCCCACCCAGUAAGCCUGUAUCCCCCAGCACCAACACACUCUCCCCCUCCCUCAAAGUCCAAUCACCCUCCAGCACCAAGUCCCUGUCACCUGUUGGGAAGUGUGUGUCCCCUGGAGGAGGAAAGGCUCGCUCCCCAGCCGGCAAAGCAGGAUCACCAGCCAGCAAGCCUGGCUCCCCCUCCAGCCACAAUGAGUUGCCAAAUAGAUCCACUGACUUGGCCAACAAAAUCACAUUGCCGAGCAGUCCAUUGGGUCCUCUGGAAAUAAAAGCAGAAUUGUGUUCCCCCAAUAAGCCAGGGUCACCUUCAAGUAAACUUAUAUCUCCCAAACAGUUAUCACCCACAAGUAAGGCAGUUUCUCCUGCUAGUAUUGGGAGCUAUCUAUCCAACAGGGUCAGUUCACCACCCAAUAAGUCAGGUUCCCCUGCCAACAAGCCUCCAGGAGAGCCGGCGUCACCUCCACACAAAGUUGUCUCCCCCGUAAGCAGAUUAUCACCCUCCCAGAACAAGAUGGGCCUUGUCAACUCACAUGGAAGACUAGAAACACUACGCAAAACUUCGCCAAAGAUUGUCUCUCCCAAGACCUCCCCAAGAGAGAGGUACCCACGGGGGGAGGCCAAUAAUGACACCAACCUGACAGAUGGUGAGAGCUUUGCUGAGGCAGCACCAGAUCCACUACGGAAAGAAUCCCUGCGAAGCACUGACAGGCGGUAUGGACCAAAGCGGCGACUGGAGAGCGAGAGCGAGGGUGAAACGGCUGCAAAGAAGACGAGAAAUGAUGAGUCGGCUGACCCAACUGACCACAACCUGCGCUCCAGAGACAAACCAAAGGAAAAGUCGAAAGAGCCAGUAGCACAGAGUUCCCCUUCCCUUGUACUAGACCGGCCCUGCACCCCAACCUCCCGGGCAGCUGCCCUGGAGACCAAGAAGCUACGCCAGAAGCUGCUCCUCAAAGACCGUUGGUGCAGAGGACACCCCUGUGAUGAUAAACAAGGCCAACCACUGACAGGACGAUCUGUGCGUGCCGACGGCAUCCUCAACACAGGCAUAGCAUACUACCUACCCUACGGCUCCCUUAGGCAUGACCCCAACCCUGAAGAGGAGUGCUUGCAGUCACAAGUGGAGAUUCCUCAGUGGGGGACACGUGUCCUGACGAGUCUCUAUGUGAUGGAGGGGACGGAGAACCUGGAAGACGAGGUGUUCCUGAAGAGGCAUGCCAAGCCAGAACAAGACGAGAAGAGACGCAAGAGAUGGGACCUGCAGCGGAUGAGGGAGCAGCGUCACUACGAGCGCCUGCGGGAACGUUACGAGGGCCGGCAGAACACUAGCGAGCCAGAGGUGUCUGCCGGGUACCGCUCCCUCUGGCCCAACCCGGAAUCUGCGCUCUACCUCCUCGUGGACGACUGUCUCCCUGUCUGUGCCUUCGGUCAGCCCAUGGCCAGGAUACCCCCCCAAGAGUUUUCCUUACCGUGGCUGUCGGGUCGCUCCCAGGAGGGAAUAUCAACAAGGCGCAGAAAAAGACCGUAGAGGGCUGAGGCUAAGCCAGCCAACUCCAUGGUACAGGGUGUGAUAAUUCAGUCAUUCUUGCUCCUAUUUUUUCAUUACUAUACUUUUUCCCUUGUUUUAAUCGCUCAUCUUUUAAAGACAGGGCAUAAUUUUUUAUCCUUUCACAUCUUAACAUGUUUUAAUAUUGCAACAUUUGCUUCUUGAUGUCAGGUAUCAUUGUUGAAAAAAGUCUCUCUACAUUCUUUUAUCUUACAGUUCAACAAGAAUACAAACUCUUCAAAGUGUCGGUGACAUGAACAAUGAGUAAAUAUCAGCCACCUGGCACUCACAGGUGCUGCCAGAAUUAUGUUUUAAUGAUAGACCUUUUGAUGUUCAAAAUGCGAAAUGCAUAGCCUCACUUUUUUUUCCUGUCAGUGUUGCAAGCAAUAAGAGUCAGCUUUAAGUUUCCCUAUCAAAUGGCAAAUGAAAUCUUAUGCUGAGAUACUUCAGGUAAUGUUGCCAGCCUCAAGUCCUCCCCCUUGUAGAUUUUAGUGGAGUGUUUCUUCAGAAACAGGAAUUAGCCCAGUGAAUUUUUUGUAGGUUCUCCGAUCAGAUGUAUUUUGAUCUGAUUUUAACUAAAUCAUUUGUUUCAUGUUUUCAUGACAAUAACUUCCAUCUAGCCAGCAUUCCUCUUUGGCAAAGGUCUGCUUUGAUACAUGAAUAUUUCAUUCAAAUAUUUUUAAUACCAGUUAUGACACUUGUUUAAGGAGAGAAAAUGGUGUUAGUGACAACAGUCAGCCCUGCAGGAGACAGGUGUACUCCAUUGGUCAAGCAGUUGUUAAUGAUAGGCUAAACAAUAGAAACCAGCCAUCAUCAGUGCCUGUUAUCCAAAAUGAGAGCCACUCCAUCCAGGAGACUAGAAGACUAAAACAAGAGUUCAUCAUGAAGGUGCCGUUGCCUUUGACUUACUUAGAAUAAACUUAUGCUCAACAAAAUAAGUAGAAUAUCAGAAAGUGCAAUUUUCUGAAAUUUUAACCCAUUAUUUUCAUGGGUCCUUCAGUAUUGUUAUAUAAUUUUGAGUAUUGAAAAGAAAUAUUGCAUUACAAUUUCAAAUAGGGCAGUUUUUUACAUAUUUACCACAUCUUACUAUUUAUGUAUAUGGAAAUUAUAGCUAAACUUUGAAGGAUCCAGUUUGUCUAAAAACAGCUGGAUUAAGAAGAUUGUUUACAGUUGGUGGUAAUCUAGUUCCUCCCGUGUUUAGUAAGCAGUCAGCCUCGGCAGCUCUGGCAUUAAAGCAAUAAGGGUAGAUCAAGAUGUGACUCACUAUUGUGUUUAAUUAAUGGCUAUACUAUAGACUAUCAGGUUGUUAAUGUUACAGACCGGAUUAAUUUGUCAAUAUCUGUGCCUGCGAGUCAGUCUUUGCCGCCCUUCUGUUCUCAUCGCAACAGUUUAACUAUACAUUAUUGACCAUCUGGCACUGUAAAAUAUCAGUGGUGUUGGAGCUUUAGUCUGGCUGAUAUGAUUGGCUUCCAAAGAGUAUUAAGUAUGUAAGAUGCCAUAUGAUAACUAGUAGUGGAAAGUAUAAUAUUGAAUGAUAUAUUUUUGAUAACGGAAACUUGAAAUAGGAAUGCAACCAUAUUUCAUGCCUCAAAGCAGACGUGUACUGUGCAUCUCCUUGAAGACAUCCCAUGAUGAACAGGCUGGCUGGUACCCACUCCCUUCCCCCACCUAUAAGUAAUGGCAUAUAGGUUGUCUCUGCCUUGAGAUAUCUCACUCGGUGGUCCAAGUGAGAGUGCUGCAUAGGGCGGUUCACUGAUAGAACUUCUUUAAGGGCCCAGAUACAUGAGUUGGGGAAAUGCCAUGGUUAGAUCUCUUGGAAAAAAUCUACCCACACCAUAACAUUUUAGCUGUCAAGGUCAUAAGUCGGAAGAAUGCCUCUACUAAAUGCAUGUAAUGUCACCUGGGUCAAGGGAAUGCAAACUUGGCAUAAUAAUUGAACUGAAAGUUUAUGAAGUAUUACAUUGGUUAAUGAUUUUAUAUGAAUUUUUUAGAUUACCUCUGUCAUCUAUUUCUGUACAGUAAAAAUCCAGUCAUCUGAAUUCUAUCUAUGUUAAAACAAGUUCAAAAUUCUUGAGUACAGAAAAUACUAAAUAAUUAUUUUUCCUAAUUAUGGAGUUAUAAUUCAUGAAGUGAAAUAAUGCACUUGAUUUGUUGUUGUUGUGUUGUUUUGUGAGCCAGCCAGUCCGCCUCCUAAACACAGCAGUCAAGCUACAGGAUUCCUUCAGGUUAUAUAGAUUUUGCCAUGUAGGAUAAUUGCUGAACCACCAAUAUAACACCUAAAUUCUCAACAGAACAUUGUGAAAAAACAUUAAAAAGAAAAAGUUCAUAAUGCUGUCAGGCAAUAAAUUGAAUGUAGUAAAGAAAUUUUAAAGUAUUGAUGCUGCAAUAUCAGACAUCAUGAAGUCCAAGGACAGAUGACAAAGCUAUGGGGGGGCUAAUUGGCAGUCAUUGUUGGAGGAAGUGAUUUAUGCUUGGAAAGGACUCAACUCAAAAAUAGCCGAUGACAAAUUGCUUUCAAAUGUGACAGGUGAAAUGUGUCAUGCAUUGAAAUCUCAGCAAAGCAUUGUUAUAAUAAGUAAUGCUGACCACAAUUUAGGGUAGCUCAACAAUGGCUUUUUACCCACAAACGUAUCUGGGCCUCAGAGCAAGAGGACCUUUCGUAAGUCUUGGUCCCUUUCUAGAUCAUUGGUCGAGUUGAAAAUUUUACAAACAUUGUGCUUUAUUUGCAAUAGAUCAGAUACCUUUAGCCAACCUAAAAUGGACUCUAGCAAUUUAUAGAAAGACUUUCAACUUUGUCCAAUUCUAGAGGUCUGCUUGUAAGCUGCAGUACCUGUGUGGGGCCACAGCUGAACUGAAACAUAUUAAUUAGUCAUAUCAUAAAGCUUAAUUAAGGCAAAGGAAUGAACAUCAGUGAAAUGACCUGGAAAGGGACCAUAUAACUUAUUAGGGGUCCUCUAACAGGCAUAAAUGUUGGGGAUUGUGUGUUAGGGUUCAUAGCUGGUUACUAUGUUGUUGGAUUUGUCAAUCUAUCUUUGACACAUACACACACACACACACACACACACAUAAACACACACACACGCAUAAACACACACACACACACACACACACAUAAACACACACGCAUAAACACACACACACACACACACUACUCUGGUAGCUCUGUGCUACCAAGCUCCAGCCUGGCAGGUGGAGGUUCAAGCUCCGCUCAGGCCAGGAUUUUUCCGGUGACAAGAUCCUGUUACUGUCUCCCCUUGAGCAAGGGGAAUGGGAUGUGUGGUGUUUGAAGGUCCCAGCAGUACCUAGAGAUACACUAUAAUGAGCCUGCUCUAAUCGGGAGGGUACUUGCUGAUGGUCACGAGUCCAGCUUGUGAUCAGGCCUUGUUGAAUUACACACACACACACACACACACACUAACACACUUCCCCCUCUUCCUCCCCAAGGCACAGUGCUCCCAGGGCAUAUCGAUGAGCUAGCUUGUGUGAUUUUUUUUUUUUUUUUUUUUUUUUUUUUUUUUUUUUUUUUUUAGGCACUGCAGUUAUAUUUUAUUUUAUAUAGAUCAGAAUUUACUGUGUAUAGAUUUUGAGUGUACUAUUGUUAUACUCCAGUUGUUUUAUUUAUUUAUAAGGCCAGAAUUUACCACUGAUAUUCAUUUUAUUUGUGCGUACAUGUGUACAUAUGUGUGUGUGUUUUUUAUAUUAUGAUUAAUCCUUUUAGUUGCCAAAAGAAAGGAAGUGGGUCUGAUUCCCUUCCAAAAGGCUCUCAUAUAUAUUUUUUUACUGUUCAUUUGGUUUUAAUGUUUCGUGGCCUUUUUUCAUAUAUACUUGAAAGCUGAUCUUUACUUUUUUUUGGUGACCCAUAACAUACUGUCAUUCCCUUGUGUUGUAGGGAAUUAGAUGGUAGUAAUGAUUUAAUUAUUUUUGUCAAGUUGUAUUUAUUUCAGAUUCUGUUUUUCUAUUAACACAAGCUGAUUGCAUAGAAGUAACUAGCAGUGAAAUGUAAUUAACAAAUCUUGAACCUUAACUGAAGACAAUCUUAUUGUGUAAUAAUAAUAAUAAUAAUCAGUUCCCCCAAAGCUAGUCACCCUCCCCCCGCCAUGCACUCAACCUAUCCUGGCCAACAACUUAAGAGGUUCUUGUUUGUUUCCUGCUUGGUUAUAACUGCUGCAGCUUGAUGUUAGAGAUUAGGGUGUCAUAGGGUGUUUAAAGCAUCAGCAAAAGGAGGGAUGAAAUAGAGUGAAAGGGGAAUUAAGAUUUAUCCUUUCAUAUUUAAGGAUACUAAGUUGAGAAUGUAAAAAGUUAAGGUAAUUUGAAAGUCUCCGAGAGCUAACAUGUGGUAUUUGAAAAUGCUUGUAAGAUGAAAGAGCAAACUACAUGCAGUACACAUGAACAGCCUUUACUGAGUGUAUGGCUGCUACAGUGCCCCUCAUAGUGACACCCCAUUUGAGGAUAUGCCAGCCCAGCCCUUAGCUCCUGUCUGUAUGCAGAGCUAAGAGUAAGGGGUCCUUUGUUUGACGUAAUCAUUAGUUUUCAAGUAUGGCAAAAAGUGCUCUAAAAUGAGGGUCUUCCAAGUGAAUUUUACCUAUGGAAUUGUAAUGAAUAGAUUUUAAUCCUGUUUACUACUACCUAACCCAUGGCUGUGUCCCAAUGUUAAGGUCAAUAUGCAGUCUACUACUAACCAUGUGGAAUGGCAAAAACCUGAUGCUUUUGUUUAUUUCAUUCAUUUGUAAGAUUACUGCAGGUCAGGCACGUUAUCAUACCAAGAACUCUCUUCAGAAUGUUAAGGAAGGGGAGUGAAAGUUGUGGGUAUGCAUCAGGAAAAUGACUGAUUCAUCCCAAUCCCUACUUUUAUUUGUUUGAUGCAGAGUACAAUAUUUGAUAUGUAGGAAAAUUAAGGUUGUAUAUAUUAUUUAUAUUAUUAUUUUUUGUUUUUUUGUUAGUGCAGCUUAUAUACAGUCCGUGGAAUCCCACUAUUCUCAGUUUUAUCGUUGGUAUCAGUUCUACAAAGGAACCAGCAGAAUGUUUUUGUUUUCAAAUCAGAGUACAAAUACAAUUAGUUGUAUUACAUAGAUAUCAAUGUCUUUGUUUAAUGUGAAUACUUUUUGAAAUUAAAUGAAAUGGAAGUAUAUAUUAAUAAUGUACAUAGAUAUUUUUGUGAACUCUUCCAAAAUUUGGGAGGUCGUUUAAAGACACACUAGAAUAUUAGAAAUAAAAAAAAAAACUAUUA